CCUCCACCGAAUAUCUUCGAUGAAACCCACCACGUUGGUAGAAAAACUGCUUCCCAUGGAGAAGCUAACACUUCAAGAGGGUCGUGAAUUUAGACCUCCUGAGUUAGAAAGGAAGCAGUUAUAGAAAUUGUAGCACAAUACAAUAAGCUGCAUCUACAUGUCUCUAGUCCAGCACGUCACUGCAAAUGAAGGCAUCGACCGCGUGCCUCCUGAACGCGAGGAAAAUAACCCAGACGACAACUUAUGGCGGACCAUAAGCUACGAUGCUUUCCGGCCCGGCGAACAUGCCCCCCUUAUCAAUUCUCAUGAAGCCACCGUUAGUACCGCAGCUUACAAGGUCUCGGCCAUUAAGAGAAUUGCUCAGGUCGGGUUCGCCAUCGUCGCGUGCUGGUUCGCGGCAGGGAUCGUGUAUGGCUUCGCAUCGCUAAAGCCCGUGCUAAUCGAGGAAGGCGUGUAUCACGAUCUGUGCCCUCCCACAGAUGAUACCCCCACAAAUAACAGUAGUGACAAGCUUCCCUGCGCCGCCCAAGACAUGCGUCUAAAUCUCUUCUUCAUCGCCGCCUCCAUCACCACCAACGCCUCGUCGCUAGCCGCCGGCUGGGCCCUCGACCGCUUCGGGCGGCGCCUCUGCUACACCAUCUCGGGAUUUUUCAUGAUCACUGGGUGUCUGCUCAUGGGUCUCGCCUUCCAGAUCCCCGAGUUCGACGGCUACCUAGUCGCCAACAUCCUGCUCAGCCUCGGCGGAACCUUCGUGUUCGUGCCUAGCUUUCAGCUCGCCAACGCCUUCCCCAAGCACUCCGGCAUCAUCGUGGCCCUCGUCACCGGCGCCUUCGACGGCUCCGCGGCUAUCUUCCUGCUCUACCGGCUUGCGUGGGAGGCGUCGGGCCGCACCUUCACUCCUGCCCGCUUCUUCUUCGGAUACACUAUCGUCGGCGUGCUGCUGCUGGUCGGGGAGUACACUCUAAUGCCGCCACGCGGGUACCACUCCACGCCCGAGCUAGAGCGAAAAUUGGAGAAGGCACAAGACGUCACACGCGAUGCGCACGACUCAGACUCGGAGCAAACGAAUCCCCAAGAUCUAGUACAGAUCCGCAACGAGCGAGCAUCACGGCGCCUCGCAAAGCUAGAGCAGAUCGAGGACGUGGCAGGCGACUCAGCGCAGCGCUCCGACCGCGCGCAAGCCCUGGAGGACCGACAAGCGACAAGCGGCGUCUGGGGCGUGCUUCACGGGUUACCAGCACACCAGCAGAUGGCGACGCCGUGGUUCCUGCUGAUCCUUCUACUCACAGUGCUCCAAAUGCUGCGGAUGAACUACUUCAUCGCCACCAUCCGCGCGCAGUACCUCUACCUCCUGCAGUCCGAGCGUCUCGCCGCAGCCAUAAACCACUUCUUCGACGCCGCGCUACCCGUCGGCGGCGUCCUCGCAACGCCCUUCAUCGGCCUCCUCCUCAACCACCUCAGCGUCGCUCGCGCCUCCGGGAUCCUAACCCUCUUCAUCGUCGCGAUCGGCGUGCUGAACUGCGUGCCCACGCUAUGGGCGGGCUACGCCACGGUGGUCGCGUUCGUGCUGUUCAGGCCGCUGUACUACAGCGCGAUCAGCGACUUCGCGACCAAGAUCUUCGGGUUCACGACGUUCGGCCGCAUCUACGGCGCCGUGAUCGCGGUCUCGGGCGUCGUCAACUUCGCGCAGUCUGCGCUCGACGCGCUGACGCAUGGGCCGCUGCACGGGGAUCCGACGCCUAUAAACGCCGUCAUGGCUGUAGCCGGCGCUGUUCUAGGGGUCGCGCUGACGGCGUAUGUUGUUGUUCAGGGAAGGAAUUUCCGCGUCAAGAUCCAAAGGGCGGAGGGUUCCGCUGGUGGGAACCAGGAACGGCUUGGUUUGAUACGAGAGGAGAGGGAGGCGGAGACGGGAUACGGGACAGUUUGAUGGACCAACAAUGUCUACCGUAGGUACUAUAAGGAUGAUUGUUGUCAUCAAACCCUAAACCCCCUAUAUGUAUGAGAAAACUAUAUCUAGGUACCUAGAAGAACCACAAUCUACUAGAGACAAAUAGAUGAAGAAUACCUACAACUUGAGACCAA